UGGGCACAGGUGGGUGCAUUGCUGGGCACAGGUGGGCGCACUGCUGGGCACAGGUGGGCGCAUUGCUGGGCACAGGUGGGCGCACUGCUGGGCAUAGGUGGGGGUGCAUUGCUGGGCACAGGUGGGCGCACUGCUGGGCAUAGGUGGGUGCAUUGCUGGGCACAGGUGGGCGCAUUGCUGGGCAUAGGUGGGUGCAUUGCUGGGCACAAGUGGGCGGAACUCUCUUUCUCUUCCUCUCUUCCUCCUGGCGUGCCCACUGAGAUGGCUCUGCGUGCCAUAGGUUCGCCAUCACUGUCCUAGACUGAGG